AUGGAACUUAGACAGUUUCAUUUUGCAACUUUAUUAGCUGGUUUUCCUAGCUUUCUCAUGAAGUAUUUAAUGAUCUGUACAUCGGAUGGAUUCCCUCAAGAUAAAAUGAACGUUCUUUUUAUAGUAGCCGACGAUCUGAGACCAACGCUAGGCAGCUAUGGGAAUACUGUGGUACAGACCCCGAACCUUGACAAGCUCGCACAACGUUCGAUUCGCUUUACCACAGCUACUUCGCAGCAAGCUGUUUGUGCUCCCAGCCGAAUUUCAUUCCUUACUGGCAGGAGACCGGACACAACAAAGCUUUUUUCCAACGAAAAAGCUACCUACUGGAGGGUGAAUGCUGGAAAUUUCACCUCUUUACCACAACACUUCAAGGAUAGUGGUUAUUUUACCGCUUCCGCAGGAAAAGUCUUUCACCCAGGUAUACCAAAAUGUGAUAAACCGCAUGUUGCAGCCACAUUUCGAGCGAAAUCAUUUCUCCAUGUUCUAAGUUACACUUUUUGCGCAUUCCCAUUCCAACUUUCGUCUUGAAGUUGAGUUGGCUCCCAAUUUUAUUUGGGCCUGGGUAUCCUCCAACUGUAUUAUUCCACGGACUCCUAAUAGAACAGAUGCCCAGAUUCCAAUAUUUACAUCUACCACGUAGAACUGGGUGAAAUAUCAGAAUUUUUCCUGUUUCUGAAACAAGACGUCUUCGCUGCACGCAGUAUAAAGAAUAGCACCGCCGUAUUUAUUUCUUUAACACUUCAAUCCCUGAGAGUGACUAGCAUCUAAUUUCUUCUUUCAAUAUCACCCCUUAAUCAAACAUUAAGAUCAUGAGAAUAAAAGAAAUGAUAAUAAACUGAAGAACCUCUUGAUUGUUAAACAAAUUCUCCUUGCCAGCACAUUAGGAAAUGUAUAGACAACAGUAUGGAGAAUAUGCAUACUGAUGUUCAGGUGUAAAGGGUUAAUGGUUUUGCCUACUUUUCUCAUUAGUAUUGUCUACCAUGAACCCUUUACACCCUAACAUCAGUAUACAUGUUCUCCAUACUGCUAUAUAUACUUUUCCUAAGGUGCUGACAAGGAGAAUUUGUUCAACAAUCAAGAGCUUUAGUUGAUGAUUGUCUCCUAUAUUCUCAUGAUCUCAAAUGAAUGAUUCAGCAGUAUCAUUGUGAGGACAAACGAGAUGCUGGUUGCUCUUAGGGUUUAAAGAGUUAAAUUAAAUACCUACCCCAGCAUAUGUAGCUAUAUUACUGAAUACUUUUUAUCCUUGUUGAUGAGGUGGAUUGGCAAAAGCCUUGGAGCUUAUUCAACAGUAGCUUAAGGCUUCAGCUGAAACCAUUAUGUAUAAUUAUGAAAUGGUACUGUAGGAUAACUUGCAACAGUCACAUAAAAUUUCUAUUGUUUUAUUCAAGAGAACAAUGUCAGCAUAGAAACCACAGGUUUUAUACCAACGCUUCCCUCAAUUGAACAUUUCAUUUUGUGUCCACAUAAUAAACAGAUCUAUCAUAUUGUAUUACUUACAUCAGAUAAUAUCAACAAUGGAAGAUCAAUUUUUAUCCAUGCAUGGCAUAUAUGUUCUUUAUAAAUUUAAAUCAAUGUUUACAUUGUACCCUGGUUGUUUGUUUCAGGAAGAGCAUCAAACUUUACAGAUGAUUAUCCAUAUAGUUGGACCAUUCCACCUUAUCAUGCUUCAACUCACACAUACAAAAAUGCAGCGGUGAGUUUGUUUAGAAUUGCUGAAUGUUGGAACCCUCUAUAAAUAAGACUCCAAAUAUUUCUCAGGAAGAGGAAGGAAAAUCAUUGUUAUCUUUAUGUUCAGAGGCAUAAACUGGUUGUAUCUCUUGAUAACAUUUGUGGCAGGAACAAAGACCUUCAUAAGGAUUCUUCAUGUCUGAUGUAGCAAAACAUAUUGCUGCAAUCCUUCACCUUGUCUUUUCAGACCUCAAGGCAUCAAAAUGUCCUGUAGGUUGCUUAAUAUUCCCUCAAGAGGAGUAGUCCUGUCUUGAUAUAUUAGAUUACUAAUGACCUUCUAGUUACACUAUUAUUCACAAGUAAUUUCUGCACACUUUCUUUCUUUCUUCCUUUAUUUAUUCAUUUUUUUGUCCUCUUAAUAGGUAUGUCCAAGUGCAGAUGGUAGACUACACACCAAUAUUGUAUGUCCUGUUGAUGUUGAAAAGCAACCAGAGAGAACAUUGCCAGACAUUCAAAGCACUCAGUAUGCUUUAAAUUUCUUAAAAAAUCACACUGAUUCAAACAACAACAAUCAGCCGUUCUUCCUGGCUGUUGGCUACCACAAGCCACACAUCCCUCUGAAAUUUCCCAAACAGUUCCUUGACAUGUACCCCAUAGAGGAGAUUCAUGUAGCAGCAGAUCCCCUUCUUCCCUUUGAUUUGCCGCCAGUGGCAUAUGAACCAUGGACUGAUCUGCGAUGGAGAGAUGACAUUGCAGCACUAAAUCUGAGUUUUCCAUAUGAACGCAUGCCAGAUUUUUAUGCCAAAAAGAUCAUACAAAGUUACUAUGCUGCAACAACUUAUAUGGACAGUCUAGUCGGACAGUUACUCAUAGCUUUAGAUGAGUAUGGUCUUACUGGCAAUACAAUUGUGAGCUUCAUUGGAGAUCAUGGUAAGAUAAAGGAUUGAGCCUCUUUGGUUUUUAACUUCAUAAAGGGAAAGACAAGCUUAGAACUAAUAGCUUUAUUGUUGGGAAAUACUGCUCUCACAGAUUGCUCAUGUGACUGUGGUUUGAAGUUGUCUCACAUUAUUAUAAAUUAUCCAUUGUUAUUAUUUAACCUUUCACUAAUUUGCGCAUAUUUCACCCUUGAAAACCCAAUGGUGAUUAACACGUAACUUCUCCCCAUGAUAUCCAACAUUAUCCAGCACACAGGAAAUGACAAUACUUUAACCUACCAGGUAGAAGUUAUUGUUUUCAUUUGACCCCAAAUUCCUGUAACUAACUUACAAGGAAAUGUGCAGCAGCUAGAAGGGAGAAUUAACAAUCAGAUCUUGGGAAUUAACCCUUUCACUCCCAUGUGUGACCGAGAUAGAAUUUCUCCUCACCAUUUAAAUCAAUACAAUAUCAAACAGACAAGUAAUAUCAGUUAGGGGAGUAUUAAUUGAUUCAAUACCAAAUUCUCAGAACUAACAUCAUAAGAAUUCUAUAACAGACUUUAAGGAGAAUUACCAAUGAGAUCUUGGGAGUGAAAGGGUUAAAGAAUUAAAAGUGAUCCCCUAGGAGGAUUAGUAGUAGAGAUUUAAAAAAACCUUUUUUGUUGUCCUGCCAAAACAGACUUACCUGUCAGCCAAGUAGUAUUCACUCAUUAAAGAGAGUGAAUCUGACAUAUUUCCUUCCAACUUAGAAUAAGGGGAAGGAAGAAGGGCCAUGGAAGAAGGGCCAUGGACAAUGAAUAGGGGAACUAAUAAUCUUUUUUUAGACAAUCUGCUGAUUCUAACUGGGUUUUUUAUUUGUUUCAUUCAGUGUUUUUGUUGAUACUGAUCUGAAUCUUGUGUGAAGCAGGACCACACUUUUGCUUCACUGUUCUUGCAUACAUGUGACUAUUGAAUAAGUUCUGCCCUCAAAUAACCUCCCUAUGGACAAGUAAAAAGGGUUUAUUUCUUAUCAGUGCCCCUGCAUUUUCACUUUGUUGAUACAUGAUACUAGGAACAGGGACACUGUCAAUACUGCAAUUUAAUAAGAGAAUUCACUGUAUGAUUUAAAUUGAAUUUAUUAAAACCAAAAACUACUUGAUUGCAGGUUGGGCAUUGGGUGAACAUCAGGAGUGGUCAAAGUUCAGUAACUUCAGAAUAGCCACAAAUGUGCCCCUUAUGAUCCAUAUGCCUGGUGUAACUGACAACAGAGAUCAUGGUGGCUCAGGAAUUGUAUCUGAUGCUCUUGUAGAAUUAGUGGACUUGUUUCCAACUCUUGCAGAACUGGCUGAACUGAAAGUGCCAGGUAAACACCUACUUCUGAUCACCUGAAUAGAUUAUGUUUAGUUAUAUAGACAAGUGGUUCAUAAUGCACCAACCAAUUUAAGGCCUCAACAUCCCUCAUGCCCCCCCCCCUUUCCAAGCAACCCACUGGUUUUUCCAAGCAACCCACUUUGACUGUCGUCUCUGCCGAGGGGUGGGAAAUUUGAACCCUGCUUGGGGGAGAUAAUGAACAUCAAGAUUUCAGGAGAAAAUUUUGAGAAAGAAUCCUUGUAAAACUGACUUUAUAGAUGGUUAUAGGAUCAAAAAACUAUUUGAAGUUCUUAACCUUUUUGCAGAUCUUUGCCCAGAUGACUCAUCAAACAUCACUCUGUGCUCAGAGGGUCUCAGCUUUGCUCCUCUUUUGAAGAAUUUAAGCAUGCCAUGGAAAAAGGCCAUCUUUAGCCAAUAUCCAAGGUAAAAACAAAGAUUCAUUUUGAUUGAUUUAGCAGUAAAAUAAUACUACUGUAAAAAUGCCUUUCCAAAAAGAUAAUGAAUCAAUCGUCAUAUUGAAGGUACAGGAAAUUGCAGCAGACUCAAGGUAGUUUAAUCCUUUUCCUUCGAAUCCUUUAGUUCAAUCCUACUCUCUUGAUCAGUUUUAAAAUAAAUUAUUUUUAAAAUUAUUACAAAAUUAACAAAAACAAUGUUUUUUAAAAUUAUGAAAUAAAUAAAAGAUGACAAAAAAUUAUUAAAAAUUUUAAAAAAUUAUUAAAAAUUUUUAAAAAAUGAUUAAAAAUUUUAAAAAAUGAUUAAAAAAUAAUCAUAAAAAUUGUUUAAAAACAAAUUUUAAAAUUUUAUAAAAAACUGUUUAAAAAAAUAACAUAUUUAAAAUUCAUUUAAAAAAUUAAUUUAAGAAGUUAAAAAAAAUUUUAAAUUUUUAAGAAAUAAUUUAAAAAAUAAUUGGAAAAAUUUGUUAAAAACAAAUUAAAAAAUGUCUUGAAAAUUGUUUAAAAAAUAAUUAAAUUUUGAAAAAAAUAAUUUGAAAAAAUUACUAAAAAUAGUUAAAAGAAAAUAAUCAGAAAAUUAUUAAAAAAUAAGUUUUAAAAAAAAUUAAAAACUGUUAAAAAAUUAAUUAGAAAAUUUUUUGAAAAAAUUUUAUUUAAAAAUUAACUUAAAAACAAUUUAUAAAAUUUGAAAAUUUUUGAAAAAUAAAUCAAAAAUUGUUUAUUUAAAAGUUGUUUAAAACAUUAAUGCUGCCAUUGCGGGCAUCAAUCGUCAUAUUGAAGGUAUAGGAAAUUACAGCAGACUCGAGGUAGUUUAAUCCUUUUCAUUCUAGAAGUUAUUAAAAUAUAACUUCUGCUUAAGAUUUUUGAGAUAUUAGCCAGGCAACUGGUUGCAAAAAUGUAGAACACAGAGGUACGUGUAUCUGCUAAACCCAACUUGGGUGUCAUACUGAUCUAACACCCAGUUAUUUCACCAAAUUAAAAAGGAAUUGAAGGGAAGAGUGUGGAAAAUUAAAUAUUUUGAAUGAAAGGGUCAUAGCUCUGUAGUUCACUUUUUUUAGUGCUUAACCCUCUGACCUCUAAGAGUGACUAGCAUCGAAAUGUCUCCUUACAUUAUCAUCCCUGAAUCAAACAUUAAGGUCACAAGAAUAGUGGAAAUGUUCACUAAAGAAGCUCUCGAUUGUUAAACAAAUUCUCCUUGUCAGCACCCCGGGAAAUGUCUGGAAAACAGUAGAGAGAAUAUGCAUACUGAUGCUAGGGCGUUAAGGGUUAAAAUUAAACCUUUUUGUGUUCUAUUUGUUUUCAUUAUUGAUUUUGGAUUCAACUCCAAAAACAUAAGUUACAGUGAUAAUCUCAAACUUGAUCUUCUGCUCAGGCCAUCAGAUGAACCACGAGAAAACACGUGCGAGCCUAGGCCUUCUGAGAUUACAAUUAUGGGAUACUCCAUGCAGACAAGCCGUUUUCAUUACACUGAGUGGAUACAAUAUGACCAUGAAACACAGAAGGGGAACUGGUCGAACAAACAUGCCAGGGAAUUGUACAUAGAUCCUCGGGAUGACCUGAAUGUUGCUUCCUUACCAGAUCUGUCAGAUCUGGUCCAGGAGUUGUCAGAUCAACUGAGGAAAGGCUGGAGAAAUGCUUUACCGGAGAACAAUCACGUUAAUGCAUGAAUUACUCAUUGUUUUUACAAAAUGGGAAGCUUUCCCGUGCAUUUUUUUCAGAAAAUAAUAUAAUUUCUACACUUAAAGCUAACGAUCAACUUUAAAUAAAGGAACUUUUUUCCGAUAAUCAAUUCCAAGAAUGUCAGAAGCAAUAGACUGACUAGGAAAUGUAUGCAAACAAUGUAACUCAACGAGGUCAUUAGUUUCUAAAGAAAGUAUUUUGCUGUGUUGACAUGAAAAAGAAACAAAGGGUCUCCUUUUUUCAACGUCUGACAGAGGUCGACGGUACACCAAGCAGGUAGCCGGAAACUUGAUGAGGUUGCGUUAUAUAACAACAGGGGUGAUGUGUUUCAGGGAACCCGAGCAACCCUAACCAUCUAAAACUGCUUGAAAUCGGGCUGCGGAGCGAGUGCACAGCAAAGAAAAC